ACUAAAGAGAUGGGUGACAUUGGAGAUAGCACAGAUCCCAUGAUUGGGCCAAACAAAAUCCAUCCCAACCCUGUAGGAAGACCUCACAUCUAACACCCUUUAGUUAUUCCUGGGUCACAAGCUUUAAUUAGCACUGCUCUAUGUUUUGGGGCUCCAUUGCUUCCUGAGGCUUCAACUGUUUCUCUCUCAGUUGCAGGUGGUGAUGAAUUGGAGCUGAACAACAAGGGAGACCACGACAAAAUCCACACAGUGGGGAAGUCAUAUCCAUAUUCCGAGUGCAGAGAGAGCUUCAGUCAGAGCUCCCAUUCCACUUCAAAUCAAAGAAAUCCCAUCAGGAUGAAACCCUAUCAGUGCUUGGAGUGUGGAAAGAGAUUCAUUCAGAGAAAGAAGCUCACUGUCCAUCAGAGAAUUCAUACAGGGGAAAAACUAUUUAAUUGCCUAGAGUGUGGAAAGAGCUUCAAUCAUCGGGGUAAUCUUGAUUCCCAUAAAAGAAUUCAUACAGGAGAGAAACCCUAUCAGUGCUUGGAGUGUGGAAAGAGCUUCCGUCAAAAGGGAAGUUUAACUUACCACCAGAGAAUUCAUACAAGGGAGAGGCCAUAUCAGUGCUUGGAAUGUGGAAAGAGCUUCAGUCAGAGACACAAGCUCACUGUCCACCAGAGAAUUCAUACAGGGGAGAAGCCAUAUCAGUGCUUGGAAUGUGGAAGGAGUUUCCGUUACAGCUACCAUCUCUCUGAUCAUCAAAGAAUUCAUACAGGGGAGAAACCUUAUCCAUGCGUGGAAUGCGGAAUGAGAUUCAGAAGUAAAAGCCAUCUCACUGUCCAUCAGAGAAUUCAUACAGGGGAGAAACCCUAUGAAUGUUUGGAAUGUGGAAAGAGCUUCAGUAAGAGCAGCAAUCUCACUGCGCAUCAGAGAAUCCAUACAGGAGAGAAACCCUAUCACUGCCAAGAGUGUGGCAAGAGCUUCAGUUAUAGCCACCAGCUAAGUAUCCAUCAAAUUAUCCAUACAGGGGAAGCACUCUAUCAGUGCCAAGAAUGUAGAAAGAGCUUCAGUCGAAAGGAUAGUUUCACUUCCCAUCAAAGAAUUCAUACAGGGAAGAAACCUUAUCAGUGCUUGGAGUGUGGAAAGAGCUUCAUUCAAAAUGGCUGUCUUAUAGCCCAUCAAAGAAUUCAUCUAUGAGAGAAGCCCUAUCAGUGCCAAGAGAGUGGAAAGAGCUUCAGAAAAAUGGACAGUUUCAUACAGGAACUAUGACUUCCAAGUCCUUUGCUAAGGUGUUUUAAUACCUUCUUCACGUCAUGACUGACCAGAGUGAUAAGAGCAAUUUGGCGUUGAAGUUGUUCCCCAUGUUCAACUAUCCCGUGGAAGAUGAUCUUUGGUGACAUGACCAUCAAUUUCUUAGGAUAACGAUAGGGUUGGCGAUGGGAUGGGAGCUUCUCUAAUCCAACUUCUUUCUUCCUGGGAGGAAGUGGGCCUGUCCCGUCUAGCGUCUUCAAAGAUGGAAGGAAGGAGACGAAGGGAAGAGCUAAGGGCAGGAAUGUGUUUAAAGAGAGAAUAGCAUCUCAUUGCAUUGUUUCCAUAAAAUGCUGCAGCCUUUUCAAACUAGACGUUCUGCUGAACAACUGGUUAGCAAGGCUGUCCUAUUACAAUAGUUUGAAUAA